AUGAAAUUCUUGUGGGUAUUAUAUGUUGAACUAUUAAUAUUAUUAUCAACAACUAAUGCAAUUUCUAAUAUUACAGCGUGUAAUUCUCUCGGACAAAUUGACAAAAACAAGAUUUUAAGUAUUUGUCAAAAGAUCAAAAAUAAUAUUAGUCCGAAUUCUCAUGUAUACUAUCCACCCAGUUUGAACUAUUAUAAUAAUACUUAUCACUAUAGUAUUAGUUCAACUAAUUUAUCAGUCUGUAGUGUUGUACCUUGUACAACUGAAGAUGUGUCGAUUAUUAUAAAAAUAAUUGGAGAAAAUCGAGUUCCAUUUGCUAUUAAGAGCGGUGGACAUAGUUUAAAUCCUGGAUUUAGUUCAACAGGAGGUAUUCAUAUUUCUAUGCAAUGUUUUAACAAUGUUACUUAUAAUCCGAAUGAUGAAACUGUUGAUGUCGGUCCCGGAUUAGUUUGGGAUGAUGUUUAUAAACAAUUACAAUCAUACAAUGUGAGUGUUCUUGGUGGUCGAGUUAGUGGUGUUGGUGUUGGUGGAUUUCUUCUUGGUGGUGGUUAUGGAUGGAAAUCAAGUCAAGAUGGUCUUGGUAUUGAUAAUAUAGUGGAAUAUGAAUUAGUAACUCCAAAUGGUACAAUUAUAAAUGUUAAUAAUCAAACAUAUCCCGAUUUAUUUUUUGGUCUUAAAGGUGGUUUAAAUAAUUUUGGUAUUGUUACUAAUUUUAAAAUGCGUGCGUUAUCACAAACUCUGGUUUAUGGUGGUGUACUUAUAUAUCUUAAACCAAAAAUAGAUGAUGUAAUAAAUGCUGUUGUUAACUUUCAAAAAACUAAUCAAGAUCCAAAAGCUCAAAUUUUAUGUGAUUUCACCAGUAUUUUGGGUGUGUUUGCUAUGAAUAUAAAUAUAUUCUAUGAUGCUCCAAUAGCUCCACCAAAUACAUUCGACGUAUUUACAUCUAUCCUCCAUGAGGGUGAACUAGAAACUCAGUCAUAUUUGUCUUUUGUUCAAGCAGUACCGGUUUUUAUUUCAGCAAAUAUGCGUGGUCGAUUUCAUACUGUAUCAGUUAGAAAUAUCAGCAAAGCAUUAAUGGAAAAAGUACGAGAUCUAUAUAUUAAUUAUACCUUACCAAUUAUUCCAUCUACACAAACUGUGGUUACUUUUUCUGUUGAACCAUUUCUAUCAUCUUAUUUGAAUAAAUCCCAAGGUGGUGCAUAUCCUCAUUCACCAUCUAAUCCACUCUUUCUCAUAUGUCUUCAAUUUGGUUGGAUAUUAGAAUCAUCUGAUCAAUUUUUUAUUAAUGCUAUUCAAACAGUGGCAAAAGCUCUUUUACAAACAGCAAUUGAAGAUAGCCAAGAUCUUGAGGGUUUAGAAGAAAUUCUUUAUCCAAAUUAUGCACUUAUUGAUACUCCGUUAACAAAAAUGUAUGGAAGUAAUGUUGAUCGAUUAAAGUCUAUUCGUCAACAAGUGGAUCCAAACGGUGUUAUGUGUCUUACUGGAGGAUUUAGAUUUUAA